AAAUACUGCUGCCCGCCUCCGCGCCCGCCAGUCUGCUCGCCGCUCGCAGUCACAGUGCACGUGCGCACCGCGCCUCUACUCUGUCGUUCAUAGUGUUACACGAGUGCUCUAUCAUGGUGAAGUUCGAAGGAGAUUUUAGUAUAAACGCUAUAUUGAUGAAUCGCGAGGCGAGCAAGUCGCCCCCCUCGCCAACCGCCUCGGCCGCGUCCCCAGCGGGCGCUGCGCUCUCCGAGGCCGAGCUUAGUGAUUCGGAGCUGGACGUAACCGGCACCGAGCCCGUCGACUGCUCCAAGCCGAAGUCGGAUUCCGCUGACAAGAAGCAUGAGAAGCCCGCCUACAGCUACAAUGCUUUGAUCAUGAUGGCCAUCCGCAACAGUCCCGAGAAGCGGCUCACGCUCAACGGCAUCUACGAGUACAUCAUGACCAACUUCCCUUACUACAGGGAGAACCGCCAGGGCUGGCAGAACUCCAUCCGCCACAACCUGAGCCUCAACAAGUGCUUUGUGAAGGUGCCGCGCCACUACGACGACCCCGGCAAAGGCAACUACUGGAUGCUCGACGCCUCCGCCGAAGACGUGUUCAUCGGGGGCACGACGGGCAAGCUGCGCCGCCGUUCUGCGCUCAACGGCCGCGCACGCCUCGCCUGCUUCAAGCGGCCGCUGUUCCCAGGCGCCGCGCUGCCACCCGCCUACCCGCCCGCCGCCUACUCGCAGCUCGUCGGCCUCUACUCUCAGCUGCUCUACCAGAGGUACGCGCCGAUGCAGAUGAAGGCGUCCCCGGUGGCACCUGGUGCCCUGCACCCUGCUCUCCGCGGUGCCGACGGCCUGGGCUACUCACCGCUGCCCUACUCGCCUGCGCUCUACGCCUCCGAACGACUCGCGGCGCCCUUCCUGCCACCCUCGCCGCCCGCGCUGCGCUCACCACCCGCCUCGGGCGCCUCCAGCCCCGACCUGCCAGCCACGCACCUCGCCCACCCUGCACACCUCGCGGCCCACGCGCCCCAAAGCCACCACGCCCUGGCGCCUCACAUCUACAAGCCGGUGCCGGUGCUGACGCGGCACUGACUGCAUACGCGCCCUCUCCUCCUAGAGGCCGGGACGCUCCCGACACCGCUCGGGGUAUCGAAUCUGUGAUUUAGUUUUAGUAGCGGCGGGGCCCGGCACCCAGCACUCGGCACCCGACACCCGGCACCCGGCACCCGGCGUCCGGCGCCCGGAACCCGGAACCCGGCGCUUUGCAAUAUUAGUAAAGUCGUUGUUCUCACCAUUCCUGUCGUUUCUCCUUGUAAAUUUUAUAUGUGUAAAUAUUUCCAAAGCGUAUAUUUAUUGACGUAUCUAGAUUAAGGUUAAUAAGAUUUAAUUAAUAAACAAAGA